UCCAGCCGCUUAAGUAGAAUUCUACAAUGCUUAACAUGACAGGCAUACAGACAUGUAAAACCAAAUUCGCUUCUCCACUCACUCAUGGAAGAUAGCAUUUUGCUCGUCGACAAUGCGUAAUUGUAGGGCGUUUUGUAAGUCUUCCAUGGAAUUUAGCGCUUAGUCAAAGACGUGGUUUUGUGACAAGACGUUCUCGAAAAGCAUUUUCGCGGUACUCUAAAAAAUAUAUAUAAAAUAUAUACAAAAUCCUACAUUUAACUCAAGAAAUGUUUUGGCAGUGCAUCAUGAACUCUACAUACGAAUAGUUUAUUAAUUAUUUCAUACUUUUUAUAAAUUUACUGCGUUUACCAAAAACAAAACACGUUUACGGACCGAACAUGGACACUGACAGUGAACGCGAGCGAAGUAGUGAUCCAAAUCUGAUAGAGAGCAGCGAUAAUCGCACAUUUCAUGAUGGCGACGAAGGCGAUGACGUUGAUUCCUCGGAGCCGGAAUACGGGGAGGAUAUUGGGGAUAUGCGAGACAUUGACUGCGGCGCCGUAAGUGAUGUCGAAGAUUAUAUUGAUAGUGAUGCAAACGACGAUGGUGAUGAUGACGACGAUGGGGAUGAGGACGAUGGUGAUGGGCGCGGGGAAAGCGCUUGUCUUUUAGUUACAGAUACGAAAAAGGUCAAGUGUAAUAGACGUUCGCGGAGUAAGCAACGUGUAAAAAGGCGAGUGCAACAUUCACGCGUAGAAAGUGUUGAGAAAACGCCACUCAAAUCAAGUAAAUUGAGAAACAACAAUAAAAGUGCCAAACAGGCAGUUAAGGACUUGUCUGAAGAGGACGAAGAGAAAGUACCGCUGACUCUAAAAAAGUACUCGUCCGACGAAUGUCAAGAAGAGCACGUGAAACGGACUACCGAGCUAGUCGUUGACGAGACUGAGACCGCGAAACCUAAUUCACCAAUUGAAGUGCACACAGUGAAAGUAAUAAAAAUAAGCGGAAAUUUGGGUGACAGCUCUGAGGAAGAAGACGUUGAGGAACCAUUUAAGAGCUUAGAAUAUACUGUGGAGGCAAAAACCACAAAUUCAAACGCAAUCACCAAUUCGUCAAACGUUUCAAGUGAUGCCGUACAAGUGUCCGUAGAAAUCCAUGCUAAUUGCAAAGAACACACUGAGUUGUUAGAAGAGCCACCCGACUGUGCUGCGGUUGGUGUGCCAACGCUGCCGCCGACAACCUAUGCCAACAAUAAAUUAGAAAAAGAAUCGGUUGCAGGUACAACUGCAAUUGAAGUGGUGCAAGAGAAAUCUACAACAGACGCAAAGGCUGCAAAUAACGAGCAGCAAUCCAGCGAACGGCCAGCUCCCAAAUCGGACCCUGGUACCAACCUCAAUGACUACUUUAGCGCCAACAACGGCGAUAGCGACGACGAAGGUAAGCGCAAAAAUAGCGUCGACCAGGUCAACGGCGUAGAUUCGACCGCGCAAUGUUUAGAUACAAAAACCGAACCAGAAGACGCACGCAACACCAACGGCAUCAACAACACAACCACAACUGCCGCCAGCGCCUUGGCGGGCGAAGAAAAUUGGCGCGACAGUGUCCGCGAAUCCAUUGAGUGUUACUACUCUGCGCAGGAUUUGCUCGAGUACGGACAUCUCUUGAGUAGUGGCCUUAAAACACCGGACAUCGAGUCUGGUUACUUUGAAAAGUCCGAAUCGGAUGUUUCGCGUGAUGAAAACGAAACGUAUACGAAUAGUGUAAGCAAUAGAAUAAGACAACGUUCAUUUUCGAAGCCAUACAGUACACAAUUGACGAAUAUGUCGGAGAGUUUACGUUUCGAAUUGAAUCGAUUCAAAUCGAUGAUCGAGUCGAUCGAACGUGAACGCAUCUAUGGCCAAACGUCGGAGGGCAGACAAGAUACAAUCGACUCGGUAAUGCGUGCAGAAGAGAGUUACAAUGAAGCUAUGGAAGCUGAAGUGGCGGAGGCAGCAGAAGCUGUUGCCGAUACGGUGUCGAUCACAGUGACGCGCGCCGAGUUUGCUGAAGCGACGACAGCUAUGGAUGUGGAUGAAGAAGGUGACAUGGAUGUAGAGGGUGCAGUUGGCGGCGAUAGCGGCGGUGACGAUGAUACGCGUGGCUAUUGGUCUACAAUAUUUGGACAAGCCAGUCAAAUUGAGGCGACCACGCCGGAAAUGACGUUAGACGAACGUUAUGCCGAUAUACAAAAAGCACAUCGUGCCCUCGAAUUAUUGGAAGACUACCACUCGAGACUUUCGGAGCCGCAGGAUCGUGCACUGCGCAUUGCCAUCGAGCGUGUGAUACGGAUUUUUAAAUCACGCUUAUUUCAAGCGCUCUUGGUAAAUCCGCUCGGCGAUGGCACUGGUGUGGAUGAGUUGCUGUUGAAUCAGCGCAUGAAAGUCGAUGGCGACAGCGAUGCACCCAAAGAGAGCGCAGGAGUAAGCGGUAGCGGCGCUGCGGUAGCAACUGAAGGCGGCAGCGUCAAUGUUGCUAAGGCGGCUCGUUCACCUGAAUCGGCGUCUCAGCAUAAUCGCCAACAGCAGCCCGGUAGUGCUAAUGCGGACACUGCAAGCAGCGAAGCUGUGAACGGUGAUGAGAGUUGGCAAUAUGAGGAUAUAACAUUGGAGCGUGGCAAUUCUGGACUUGGAUUUUCGAUUGCAGGCGGUACAGACAAUCCUCACAUCGGCACGGAUACAUCCAUCUAUAUAACGAAACUUAUAGCGGGCGGUGCCGCCGCAGCCGAUGGCCGUUUGUGCAUUAACGAUAUCAUUGUAUCGGUGAAUGAUGUUUCUGUGGUUGAUGUGCCGCACGCGUCCGCUGUGGAUGCGCUUAAGAAGGCCGGCAAUGUGGUAAAAUUGCAUGUGAAAAGAAAACGUGGUGGUGGCGGCGGUGGCGGUGCUGGUGACGCUACUGCCGCCUCGUCGGCCACCUUGCCGCGUAGUGCUGCCGCUGCAGCAGCUGCUGCUGCCGGCCCGAAAGUGGUCGAGAUCGAUUUGGUGAAAGGCGGCAAAGGUUUGGGCUUUUCCAUUGCCGGCGGUAUUGGUAAUCAACAUAUACCGGGCGAUAACGGUAUCUAUGUGACGAAAAUCAUGGAAGGCGGUGCCGCCGCGGUUGAUGGACGCCUGUCGAUCGGCGACAAACUGAUUGCGGUGCGCACAAAUGCGGCCGAAACCAAUUUGGAAAAUGUGACACAUGAGCAAGCGGUUGCCACACUCAAGUCAAUUACGGACAAAGUAACGUUGAUCGUUGGCAAGACGCAACAUCAAGUCAGCUCAUCACAGUCACAAUUCGGGCAGAUUAAUUCGCAUUCAACAGGUGCGAUUAAUAAUAUUGGAAAAACUGUUGUUGAUUUUGCUCGCUCACCAUCACCCUCAAUCACCACCACCACUAUCACCACGAACAACAACAAUGCCACGAGCAACACAACUAUCACUAAUAACAUCAACAAUAAUAUUCGAUCCGCAGUACCCGCCUCCUCCACAGCAGCUGGUGUUGUAUCAUCAACAUCCAGAUCCCAUUCACCUUUGCCUCAACCAGCAUCUAGGUAUGCGUCAUCGAAUGUACUGGCCGCUGUGCCACCUGGAACGCCACGUGCCGUCAGCACUGAGGAUAUUACACGUGAACCGCGCACAAUCACCAUACAAAAGGGUCCACAAGGUUUGGGCUUCAAUAUCGUCGGCGGCGAAGAUGGCCAGGGUAUCUAUGUGUCAUUUAUACUUGCUGGAGGGCCUGCUGACGCAGGUGGUGAGCUGAAACGUGGCGAUCAGCUGUUGAGCGUAAAUAAUGUCAGCCUAAAGAACGCUACCCAUGAAGAGGCCGCUCAGGCGUUGAAGAGUUCCGGUGGUGUUGUCACAUUAGUCGCACAGUAUCGGCCCGAGGAGUACAAUCGCUUUGAGGCGCGCAUACAGGAGCUGAAACAGCAGGCUGCAUUGUCGGCCGGCGGUACUGGCACACUGUUGCGCACCUCUCAAAAGCGUUCACUGUACGUGCGUGCGCUCUUCGAUUACGAUCCCAAUCGUGAUGAUGGGCUACCAUCGCGCGGUCUACCCUUCCGCCAUGGCGACAUACUACACGUGACAAAUGCUUCCGAUGAUGAAUGGUGGCAGGCACGUCGCGUGCUGGGCGACAGUGAAGACGAACAAAUCGGUAUUGUGCCAUCGAAACGACGAUGGGAACGAAAGAUGCGUGCACGCGAUCGUAGUGUUAAGUUUCAGGGUCACGCUGCAGCCAACAAUAACCUGGACAAGGUCAGUAAUGAGCAAUCGACGCUGGAUCGUAAGAAGAAGAAUUUCACGUUUUCACGGAAAUUUCCGUUCAUGAAGAGUCGCGACGAGAAAUUGGGAGAAGAUGGCAGUGAUCAAGAGCCAGCCAAUGGAGUUGUAAACAGCAAUAGUGAACUUGAUGUUAACAGUGUUAACAACAAUGAUUCAAGUGAACCGCAACCUUUUAUGCUUUGCUACACACAAGACGAUGCCAAUGCUGAAGGAGCCGAAAUAAUCUACCGUGUGGAGUUGCCAGACAUGGAGCAGAUAACACUAAUCUAUUUGGAGAAUAGUGAUGCUGACUAUCCAUCCGAAGAAAAUGUGCUAUCCUACGAGGCCGUACAACGGCUAUCCAUUAACUACACACGGCCGGUAAUCGUGCUUGGGCCGUUGAAGGAUCGCAUCAAUGACGAUUUGAUAUCCGAGUACCCAGAUAAAUUUGGCUCCUGUGUACCACACACGACACGACCGAAACGUGAUUACGAGGUAGAUGGUCGUGAUUAUCAUUUUGUUUCGUCACGUGAACAAAUGGAACGCGAUAUACAAAAUCAUCUAUUCAUCGAAGCGGGACAGUACAAUGAUAAUCUUUACGGUACAUCGGUGGCGAGUGUGCGCGAAGUUGCGGAAAAGGGUAAACAUUGCAUUUUGGAUGUAUCGGGCAAUGCCAUAAAGCGGCUACAAGUCGCUCAACUCUAUCCAAUUGCUAUAUUUAUCAAACCUAAAUCGGUGGACUCGAUAAUGGAAAUGAAUCGUCGCAUGACAGAGGAGCAAGCGAAGAAAACAUACGAACGUGCGAUUAAAAUGGAACAAGAAUUCGGCGAAUAUUUCACAGGAGUUGUCCAAGGUGACACCAUCGAAGAGAUCUACAGCAAAGUCAAAGCGAUGAUCUGGUCACAAUCGGGACCAAUCAUUUGGGUACCAUCGAAAGAAUCUCUAUGACCUACAGCCACGACGACAUGGACACUGCCGCCUCGAGUACGCUGUCGACCAGUCUCGAGAUCAACAACAAAUCAACAUCAACAGCAAACGCACUGAUUUUGAACCAUAUUGAUGGAGCAGGAGCACGAUGUCGCCAACGACGUCAUAACAACUACAAACCCAGCUGACGAUUGAGUAUGUAUGCAGUUGAAAAUCGCAGCAUAAUAAAGUCUAAAAUGGCAAUUAAGCAACAACAGCUAUAGUUACAGCGAAUGAGGCAUUGGAGUUGGUGCCAUUUGAACGAUUAUCGAGUAUAAACUAAAUCACACCACCGCCACCACACUACAGAAGAUACCGCCUGGCAAGUUGGUAGUACUCCAUCGUAUGUGUGCGCGCCUAUGUGUAUAUGACGGUUUGCGUCGUUGGUGUGACAGCGCAUUACAGAGAAUGAGCAGGAAAUUAUACAAAACUAUAGAUGAGAGAUGUUGUAGCUAAUAUAAAAAAUAAUAAUUGUAAUAAUAAAAACAAUAAGGCAGGCUGCGACUCCUACGUACAUAUAUACUGAAGAUGGUGCAUUUGUUGUUUGUUUGUUACCGCUAGCAAUUAAAAAUUCGAUAAUCGAUGAAUACAUUAUAUAUAUAGACAUAAAUAUAUAUAUAUACUAUUAUAUACAUAUAAAACUAAUUAGAAACGAAAAAAUUGUAAUGAAUUUGAGUAUAGCCACUCACCAUACAAAUUGCAAAUACUACAUACAGACGGACAUCCAUACAUCUAUACAAACUACAUACCUGCUUGCAUAUAACAUAAAAAUUAAAUUAAAGCACAUAUGAAAUACGGAAACUGCGAUUAAAAUUCAUAAUUAGAUUUAACUAACAAAAAACGUAAAAUAAUGCGUUGAAGCAAAUUCGCUGCAAACACUGAGUAACUAAAAGUUUAGAAGAAAAAAUUUACUAAAAAUGAGAAUACUAUAAAUACAAAAAAAAAGAUGAUUUCCAGUGCCGACGAACAAACUCGCUUUAAAAUACGCAACGAUACUUUGCAUGCGAGGUGAAUUGUCGUUGAAGUUAGUUGAGCAAAUGCAUGUAAAAGUACAGUUAAAGUUGAACUAAAGUAGAACGCGGCGUAAAAUUAGAAAAGAAAAAAAUAUAUAUUGCAAUUUAAAAGCGUAGUUAAAGAGGAAAAAAUUUCAAAUUGUUUUAUUAACGUUAUAACGUACAAUAAUUUAUUUAUAUAUAAAAAAAGAGAAAAUCGUGUAAAGUGUAAGACGUGAAUGUUAAAAACUGUAGUUGUCAUAAACAGAAUUAAAAAAAAAAAACAUGCGAGACAAAACUUCAAAGCAUUAUUAUAGUUGCAUAUAAUUACAUAAAUCUUUAAUUGUUUUAAUAUAAGUGUAAACUUUUCGUCAAAUUGUCACAAUUUAUGUUAAUGCAAUCGCAGAAGUUGAGACAAACAAUUUAUUCACUUAGAAGAAUAUAUGUGCUUGUAUGUUUUGUUUGCAUAUUUUUCAUACGAGUUUUACCAGCAGCGACAAGAGAUAUUUUUUUGAAUAAUAUUUGCUAUACGUAUGCAUACUCCAUUGUUUAUAUCCAUACAUGUACAAGAGAUACCACAAAGUACUAUAUUUAUUUCGUUUAUAAUUUAUGCAUCCACUAUCUAAUACCCAGUUGGUUGUGUAUUGUGUACAACUAAAACAACAAACAGCAACUCGCCUAAACGCUUCAAACUCUUAUAAAUGCGCUUCAUAAAUACAAACAUACAAACAUUUUCAUUCAUAGUCAAAAGAGCGCAUUUAAAUUCGAAUAUGCUAUAUAUUUAUAUAUAUAUAUAUAUAUAAGUACGUCCACACUAUUUGUUUGUUAUCCGAGUUUAAGUUAUCUUUUCACACUUGACAACCGUGUAUUUCUUUCACUACUUUUUAUUUUUUUAGUUAUAAGCUAUGUAUUAAAUAUUUACUUAAUUUUAUUUUAUAUUUAACCGCAUUGCAUUCUCUGCCAACUGGGUACCUAAUUUGUUUUCACACUUCCGUAUUGGUAUUUAAUUGUUAGCUGUUGUAAAUUAUUUUUUUGGACGCAGGUUUUCGCUCACAUAGGCGUUGCGGUGUAAAUUUUGCUAAAACCUAACGAAACAUUGUAGUACAGAAGUAGGUUUAGAAUCAAUGCGUUGCCGCAAAAUGCAACAACAGUCACAUUUGUAUGUAAAGUACGUGAACUUCAUUAGUCCUAUUCGUACUACUACUAGUUACUCCAUGUAUACUACUUACUACUAUGACUAUUGCUACUUCAACUCUACUUAAAGUGUGGAAGUAAAAUUGUAUGUAAUGUUUUUUUCUACAUAGAAGAAUAUUUAAUUUUUGUCAUAUGUUUCUUUUAAGUUUUACAUAUUAUUUAACAUUGUACAAGUUAUUACGACAAAACACAGUUAUUACAAAUAAUACAACCAACAACAGAAAAAAAUGCAAAUUUAACAAAAAAGAAAAGAACAACACAAUACUUUUUUCAACGAAUAUUUAAAAUGCGUUAAGUGCAAGAACAAGAAGUAUACAAUAAUACAGAAUUUAAGUAAACCAUUUAACUUAAUUAAAUCGUUUCAUUUUUAUUGAAAAAUAA